AUGCUAUAUGAUUUGGUAGAUCCUGCUCUCGAACUUUCGGACCCUUGUCCUGACAUCCAUCUUCUUUUCAUCGAUUUCAACGACCGGUUCUUCGAAGGCGCUUUAGGCCGAUGUGAGGUAAAAUGGAGUCCGCGGAUGUUCGCAUGCGCUGGUGUAUGUUCUUACGAGACUCGUGGGGGCAUGUGCUCAAUUCGACUCAGCCUCCCGCUCCUAAAACUUCGUCCUCGAAAGGAUCUUAUAGAGACAUUGCUAGUAAGUUCUAUUAAGAAAACUUUCUUACAUCAUAUCCUACGGUGUACCGUUAUGCAUACAUUUUACGUGGGCACCGAAUGGGGUUUACGACAGAAAUCAUCCUCAUAG